AUGGGAGCUCGGGCCGUCGUGGGCACCACGCUGGCCGUGGCCUGUGCCGGAGCUGUCUUCUCGUUCAUGCUGAGACACAAGGACCACUUUUGGGGAGAGACGGAGGAGUGCCGGGUCAGGGGCAUGGUGGAGGCGAGCAAGCUGCUGGUGGACGAGGCCGUCUACUCCACGAUGGGGAGAAACCUCCACAAGAGAGAAAUCAUUUCUCCGUCACAGCUUCUGUCUUUUUCCAAACUCCCUGAGCCCACCAGCCGCGCCGCGUCCCGGGCGGCGGACAUCAUGGAGGUGUCGGUGCAGGAGGCGAUGAGGAGGGCUCACCUAGGGUCUGGGCCGCCCACAGAUGUUUUAUCAGAAGAUCUACUGAAAACGAUUGCAAACCUGUCCGGAUGCCAGCCCUACAUGCUUCCCCCCAGAUGUCCAAACACCUGCCUGGCAAACAAGUACAGGCUCAUCACGGGCGCCUGCAACAACAGAGACCACCCGAGGUGGGGAGCCGCCAACACAGCCCUGGCCCGGUGGCUGCCCCCCGCCUACGAGGACGGCAUCAGCGAACCCAGAGGCUGGAACCCACACUUCCUGUACAACGGGUUCCCCCUACCCCCGGUCCGGGAGGUGAGCAGGCAGGUCAUCCACGUUUCCAACGAGGCUGUGACGGAGGACGGCCACUACUCUGACCUGCUGGCGGCGUGGGGACAGUACGCUGACCACGACCUGGCCUUCACGCCACAGAGCGCCAGCCGCGCUGCCUUCGGGGGCGGGGCCGACUGCCAGCGGACCUGUGAGAACCGAAGCCCGUGUUUUCCCAUACAGCUCCAGGCCAACGCCUCGCCGGCCGCGGGCCCCGCCUGUCUGCCCUUUUACCGCUCGUCACCCACCUGCGGCUCCGGGACCCAAGGCGCCCUCUUCGGCAACGUGUCCUGGGUGAGCCCGCGCCAACAGAUGAACGGGCUGACCUCGUUCCUGGACGCGUCCACCGUGUACGGCAGCUCCCCGGCCUCGGAGCGGCGUCUGCGCAACUGGACCAGCGCCGAGGGGCUGCUGCGCGUCAACGCGCGCUACCGGGACGCCGCCGGCCGCGCCUUCCUGCCCUUCGCGCCGCCGCCCGCGCCCCCGGCCUGCGCGCCCCAGCCCGGCGCCCCCGGGGCCCGCGCGCCCUGCUUCCUGGCCGGCGACGGCCGCGCCAGCGAGGUCCCCGCCCUGGCGGCCCUGCACACGCUGUGGCUGCGCGAGCACAACCGCCUGGCCGCCGCGCUCAAGGCCCUCAAUGCGCACUGGAGCGCGGACACCGCCUACCAGGAGGCGCGCAAGGUGGUGGGCGCCCUGCACCAGAUCAUCACCCUGCGGGAUUACGUCCCCAAAAUCCUGGGCCCCGAGGCCUUCGGGCAGCACGUGGGCCCCUACAGGGGCUACGACCCCGCCGUGGACCCUACGGUGUCCAACGUGUUCUCCACGGCCGCCUUCCGCUUUGGACACGCCGCAGUCCGCCCGCUGGUGCGGCGGCUGGACGCCCGCUUCCAGGAGCGCCUGGGGCUCCUGCCGCUGCGGGAUGCCUUUUUCCGGCCCUGGCGGCUCCUUGAGGAAGGCGGUGUGGACCCCAUCGUGAGGGGCCUGCUGGCGACGCCAGCCAAGCUGCAGGUGCAGGACCAGCUGAUGAACGAGGAGCUGACAGAGAGGCUCUUUGUGCUGUCGGACCCGGGGACCCUGGACCUGGCAUCCAUCAACCUGCAGAGGGGCCGGGACCACGGCCUGCCAGGUUACAACGAGUGGCGGGAGUUCUGCGGCUUGUCCCGGCUGGAGACCCGGGCCGACCUGAGAGCCGCCACCGGCAACAGGAGUGUGGCCGACAAGAUCCUGGGCCUGUACGGCCACCCGGCCAACGUGGACGUGUGGCUUGGGGGCUUAGCCGAGAGAGUCCUCCCCGGGGCACGGACGGGCCCGCUGUUUGCCUGCAUCAUCGGAAAGCAAAUGAGGAACCUGAGGGACGGCGACCGGUUCUGGUGGGAGAACCAGGCGGUGUUCACGGAAGCCCAGAGGCAGGAGCUGGGCCGGCACUCUCUGUCCCGCGUCAUCUGCGACAACACCGGCCUCUCCCGCGUGCCUCGCGAUGCCUUCCGGGUCGGGACGUGGCCCCGGGAGUUCGAGUCGUGCGACAGCAUCCCGGGGAUGCACCUGGGCGCGUGGAGGGAGGCCCCUCCUCCAGAGGAUGCCUGUGGCUUCCCGGACAAAGUGGAGGACGGGGACUUCCUGCUGUGUGAGGAGUCUGGAAGGCGCGUGCUGGUGUUUUCCUGUCGCCAUGGAUUCCAGCUCCAAGGGCCGGAGCAAAUUGCCUGCACCCGCCGAGGAUGGGAUUCCCAGCCUCCGGUCUGUAAAGACAUCGACGAGUGCGAAGACGAGACGGAACCCCCGUGCCACGCGUCCGCCCGGUGCGAGAACACCAAGGGCGGCUUCCAGUGCAAGUGCACCGACCCCUACGUGCUCGGCGAGGACGGCAGGACCUGCGUGGACUCUGGGAGGCUCCCGCGGGCGUCCACGGUCUCCAUCGUGCUGGGCGCCGUGCUCAUCUGUGGCCUGGCCGGCCUCACCUGGAUGGUGGUUUGCAGGUGGUAA